GUGACAAACCUGAAGACCAUAGUUCACAUGAUGGCCCUGCAGACAUGGGUGUGUGUGCUGGCUGUGGCAAGUAUUCUAGUUCAAGAAUCAAACUCUCAACUUUAUGUGUGUGGAAGAACCCCACUCAACAACAGAAUAGUGGGGGGUAAAGAUGCCCCAGCAGGAAGCUGGCCCUGGCAGGCCAGCCUGCAGUUAUUUGGCGGCCAUGUUUGUGGUGGAUCCCUCAUCAAUAAGGAGUGGGUGAUCUCUGCAGCCCACUGCUUUGACAGCUCAAACCCGAGGGGCUGGACAGUUGUCUUGGGCCAACAGAACCUGGAGGGUAGUAAUCCCAACCAAGAGUCCAGAACUGUUGCUGAGAUUGUCCUCCAUCCAGCUUAUAACAACCGCACCAGUAACAACGACAUUGCUCUGCUCAGACUCUCCUCACCUGUUGGCUUCACUGACUACAUCAGACCUGUCUGUCUGGCUGCCACUGACAGUGUUUUCAACAGUGGCAUUGACAGCUGGGUCACUGGCUGGGGUGCCAUCAAAGAAGGAGUGGCUCUGCCCUCCCCACAAGCUCUGCAGGAAGUGGAGGUUCCAGUUCUGGGGAACAGACAGUGUAACUGCCUCAAUGGGGUCGGCUCCAUCACAGACAACAUGAUCUGUGCGGGUCUUCUGGCUGGAGGCAAAGACUCGUGUCAGGGUGACUCUGGAGGUCCAAUGGUGAACAAGCAGAAGUCUGUCUGGAUCCAGUCUGGAAUCGUUAGUUUUGGUUUCGGCUGUGCUCGGCCCAAUCUUCCCGGAGUCUACACUAGAGUGUCCAGUUACCAGUCCUGGAUCAACUCCAAAAUCAGCACCGACAAGCCAGGCUUCAUCCAGUACACCUCCAGUGGGGUGGAUGCUGACAGCAGUUACACCUGCCCUGGGCUGCCUCCCCCUGCCACUGCAGGUCCUGCAGUUAUCACAGCACCUGUCAUACUUGUUACAAGUGCUGAGGUGUGUGGAAGAACCCCACUCAACAACAGAAUAGUGGGGGGUGAGGAUGCCCCAGCAGGAAGCUGGCCCUGGCAGGCCAGCCUGCAGUUAUUUGGCGGCCAUGUUUGUGGUGGAUCCCUCAUCAACAAGGAGUGGGUGAUCUCUGCAGCCCACUGCUUUGACAGCUCAAACCCGAGGGGCUGGACAGUUGUCUUGGGCCAACAGAACCUGGAGGGUAGUAAUCCCAACCAAGAGUCCAGAACUGUUGCUGAGAUUGUCCUCCAUCCAGCUUAUAACAGCCGCACCAGUAACAACGACAUUGCUCUGCUCAGACUCUCCUCACCUGUUGGCUUCACUGACUACAUCAGACCUGUCUGUCUGGCUGCCACUGACAGUGUUUUCAACAGUGGCAUUGACAGCUGGGUCACUGGCUGGGGUGCCAUCAAAGAAGGAGUGGCUCUGCCCUCCCCACAAGCUCUGCAGGAAGUGGAGGUUCCAGUUCUGGGGAACAGACAGUGUAACUGCCUCAAUGGGGUCGGCUCCAUCACAGACAACAUGAUCUGUGCGGGUCUUCUGGCUGGAGGCAAAGACUCGUGUCAGGGUGACUCUGGAGGUCCAAUGGUGAACAAGCAGAAGUCUGUCUGGAUCCAGUCUGGAAUCGUUAGUUUUGGUUUCGGCUGUGCUCGGCCCAAUCUUCCCGGAGUCUACACUAGAGUGUCCAGUUACCAGUCCUGGAUCAACUCCAAGAUCAGCACUGACAAGCCAGGCUUCGUCCAGUUCACCUCCAGUGGGGUGGAUGCUGACAGCAGUUACACCUGCCCUGGGCUGCCUCCCCCUGCCACUGCAGGUCCUGCAGUUAUCACAGCACCUGUCAUACUUGUUACAAGUGCUGAGGUGUGUGGAAGAACCCCACUCAACAACAGAAUAGUGGGGGGUGAGGAUGCCCCAGCAGGAAGCUGGCCCUGGCAGGCCAGCCUGCAGUUAUUUGGCGGCCAUGUUUGUGGUGGAUCCCUCAUCAACAAGGAGUGGGUGAUCUCUGCAGCCCACUGCUUUGACAGCUCAAACCCGAGGGGCUGGACAGUUGUCUUGGGCCAACAGAACCUGGAGGGUAGUAAUCCCAACCAAGAGUCCAGAACUGUUGCUGAGAUUGUCCUCCAUCCAGCUUAUAACAGCCGCACCAGUAACAACGACAUUGCUCUGCUCAGACUCUCCUCACCUGUUGGCUUCACUGACUACAUCAGACCUGUCUGUCUGGCUGCCACUGACAGUGUUUUCAACAGUGGCAUUGACAGCUGGGUCACUGGCUGGGGUGCCAUCAAAGAAGGAGUGGCUCUGCCCUCCCCACAAGCUCUGCAGGAAGUGGAGGUUCCAGUUCUGGGGAACAGACAGUGUAACUGCCUCAAUGGGGUCGGCUCCAUCACAGACAACAUGAUCUGUGCGGGUCUUCUGGCUGGAGGCAAAGACUCGUGUCAGGGUGACUCUGGAGGUCCAAUGGUGAACAAGCAGAAGUCUGUCUGGAUCCAGUCUGGAAUCGUUAGUUUUGGUUUCGGCUGUGCUCGGCCCAAUCUUCCCGGAGUCUACACUAGAGUGUCCAGUUACCAGUCCUGGAUCAACUCCAAGAUCAGCACUGACAAGCCAGGCUUCGUCCAGUUCACCUCCAGUGGGGUGGAUGCUGACAGCAGUUACACCUGCCCUGGGCUGCCUCCCCCUGCCACUGCAGGUCCUGCAGUUAUCACAGCACCUGUCAUACUUGUUACAAGUGCUGAGGUGUGUGGAAGAACCCCACUCAACAACAGAAUAGUGGGGGGUGAGGAUGCCCCAGCAGGAAGCUGGCCCUGGCAGGCCAGCCUGCAGUUAUUUGGCGGCCAUGUUUGUGGUGGAUCCCUCAUCAACAAGGAGUGGGUGAUCUCUGCAGCCCACUGCUUUGACAGCUCAAACCCGAGGGGCUGGACAGUUGUCUUGGGCCAACAGAACCUGGAGGGUAGUAAUCCCAACCAAGAGUCCAGAACUGUUGCUGAGAUUGUCCUCCAUCCAGCUUAUAACAGCCGCACCAGUAACAACGACAUUGCUCUGCUCAGACUCUCCUCACCUGUUGGCUUCACUGACUACAUCAGACCUGUCUGUCUGGCUGCCACUGACAGUGUUUUCAACAGUGGCAUUGACAGCUGGGUCACUGGCUGGGGUGCCAUCAAAGAAGGAGUGGCUCUGCCCUCCCCACAAGCUCUGCAGGAAGUGGAGGUUCCAGUUCUGGGGAACAGACAGUGUAACUGCCUCAAUGGGGUCGGCUCCAUCACAGACAACAUGAUCUGUGCGGGUCUUCUGGCUGGAGGCAAAGACUCGUGUCAGGGUGACUCUGGAGGUCCAAUGGUGAACUAGCAGAAGUCUGUCUGGAUCCAGUCUGGAAUCGUUAGUUUUGGUUUCGGCUGUGCUCGGCCCAAUCUUCCCGGAGUCUACACUAGAGUGUCCAGUUACCAGUCCUGGAUCAACUCCAAAAUCAGCACCGACAAGCCAGGCUUCAUCCAGUACACCUCCAGUGGGGUGGAUGCUGACAGCAGUUACACCUGCCCUGGGCUGCCUCCCCCUGCUACUACAACUAUCUACACGUCCAAACCAACCUUGGCCUCAACUACGACCUCAGCUCGCGCGGUGUGUGGGCAGAACACGGUCAGUCCUGGCGCAGUUCCCCUUGUUGCCAUGGGAACCUGGCCCUGGAUGGUUAGUCUCUAUAGAAAUGGGUCCCACGUUUGCAGUGGAACCGUACUCACUCAGCAGUUCGUCCUCAGCGCUGCCCAGUGCUUCCCAAGCUCACAUCUGAAUGUGAGUGACUGGACUGUAUACCUGGGAUACCAGCAAGUUUCCAUGCGCGUUGUGAACAUCUUGCUGAGCAACCAGACAGGCCCCAACGUGGCAGUGCUGCAGCUGGCUGAGCCCAUCAACUACAGCGACCUCAUCCAACCCGUGUGCGUGGAUCAGGAUGACGUGCAGGCCUUCCCCUUAGGCUCCAAGUGUUGGCUGGUGGGCUGGACAGGGGAUGGUCCAGCUAAAUCUGUCAUGAGCGAAAUGGAAACCGAUGUGACGAGCUGUGGGAACCUGUCCUCCACUGGGAACAUCUGCACCAGCUUCACCAACAUCCAACAGGGAGAGCAGGGAGGCCCGUUGAUGUGCCAGUCUGGCUCUUCCUGGUUCCAAGCAGGACUGAUCACUACAGACGACAGCAGAGCAGCACGUGCUGAGAAAAUACAGACGUUUGCCAAGACCUCCGUGUUUGGGGCCUUCCUGAAGGAGACAGUGGGCGAUAUGCCCUCCCCGGCCACCGUCGCUCCCGCCGUGGGAAAGGCAGCCCACAUCUUCCUCCCCCUCUUCUUCUCUCUCUCUCUCCCCAUUCUCUCCAUCUUCCUGCUUUCUGGUUGAUAGUUUUCUCUCUCCAUUCUCUCCAUCUUCCUGCUUUCUGGUUGAUAGUUUUCUCUCUCCAUUCUCUCCAUCUUCCUGCUUUCUGGUUGAUAGUUUUCUCUCUCCAUUCUCUCCAUCUUCCUGCUUUCUGGUUGAUAGUUUUCUCUCUCCAUUCUCUCCAUCUUCCUGCUUUCUGGGUGAUGGUUCCUCUAAACAGCCGUCUGUUGGAACAAGGUUACAGCACUGACAUUGGAAAUUCUCCUUCCAUUUGUGACCUUUCACACCACUACCGGGGAGAUGUUAUCUGUUCUACCAAAGACAAACAGAAGCACUUUUAACAGUUUGAUGAUAUGAAGGAAACUAGGAUUGUUGUAGCAUGUGCUAGCUACAAUCAACAAAAGGAAAUCAAUAGACAUUUUGUAUUUACUGAUGUUGCCUUAAGAUACUGUAUGAACAUAAAAUGAAGUCAAGUCACUGAUGUUUGCAACCUCAAUAUGAAGAUAUUCUCAGUGGAGAAAUCUUACCGUAUGCAUAUUGUUGAGUAUUUGAAAGGAUAUUACAUGUGUAAAUAAAUACACAUGUACACAUGUAAAUACACAUGUAAAUGACACAGCAUUAAAAUGUAUGUUUUUAUG